AUGGGUCAGGCAGAAAUGGGCGAGGGUCAGACAGAAAUCGGAGAUGGUAUAACAGAAGCCGACGAGAAUGAGGCAGACGAAGUAACGGGAAUCUGUACAGACGGUUCAGGAAACGUUCUGCUGGUCCGGUCAGGCGGGGCGGUAGACAUAUUUACAGAAGACGGGCGGUACGUGCGCCGCGUUGUUCCCAGUAGAGCUGGCGGCGUGGCAGUAGCCCCCGGCGGACAGCUGGACAUUCAGCAACACUUGAACUCAACCAUUCCAGAAGAGCGGAAAGACACGUCGCCCGGGGAUGUGAACGAGUCACUACAGGAUGCUCUUAGCGGCGCUUCGGCUGAACACUCUGCCCAGGACCAUGUACCUGGUCACAGCACUGACGACGGGGCAGAGCGUCCAUCGCUACCGACUAUGGAGUCUGUUGCCGGUAAGACGGACGGUCUACUUCAGAACCCCAUGUACAUCGGGAAUGUGUUACACCAAAACCCCAUGUACGCUCCAAAUGCUGCACAGCCAAGGGCAGAUGGAGUUACAAUUAUAAAUAAAUACGUUCUUUUCAAUUCAGAGAACGAAAACAAAGACCUUCAACAAAAGACGAUCGUCUUUCGACUGAAAUGUGAAGAAUCUUCCGAUUGUUCCGAGGUAAGCUCUGUCGCCGUGUCGCCCUGCAACGAAAUAUUCCUAGCUGACACCUACAACAGGCAGGUUCAAGUCUUCAGCAUGACGGGCGUCUACCUCCGCCGUUUCCCCACCGUCACGUCAGGGGAAAACUCCGAGACGUUGAAACCCCAUGACAUCUCCAUCGACGGGGAGGGCCAUGUGUGGGUAGUUGGGAAUGCGGACAGAAUGUCAGGGUUUAUUGUUCGAUACACUAAACUUGGAAGUCACCUUACAACACUCCGCGCAACGUUCAGCAAUAAUUCUUUCUCCGGCAUGACUGUGGACACACCUCGUAAUCUUGUCGUAGCGACAGAGUACUGGUGGGGUUAUGGGGAAGUCAAGCUUCUGCAUUUCAAUGGUACUGUUGAGCACAAGUUUCGGGUGCAGCAAGGUUCGGGGUACCCCGGGUUGGUCGCUCUGGGACGGGAGGGGAACAUGUUUGUGUCCGACAGUAUGGGAGAUGCACGUGUCCAUGUCUAUAACAACAGGAGUCAGUACCUUUACAGCUUUGGGUGUGACGACAUCGAUGAGGGUCAGGCAGAAAUCGACGAAGUCACGGGAAUCUGUACAGACGGUUCAGGAAACGUUCUGCUGGUCCGGAUAGGCGGGGCGGUAGACAUGUUUACAGAAGACGGGCGGUACGUGCGCCGCGUUGUUCCCAGUAGAGCUGGCGGCGUGGCAGUAGCCCCCGGUGGACAGCUGGUAGUGACUGAUUUUGACACCAGUAAUAUCACAAUAUUCUAUCAGUACUGA